AUGGAGGUCGCGCGCGGCUCCACUUCCAGCUCCCAGUCCACCCACAGCAGCGGCGACAGCCACCAGCCGCUGCUGUCCCCCUUCGUCAUCCGCCAUGGCCGCCGUUACCUCAAAGAUCUGCCCUAUCCGCUCCCUUGCGACCUCCCUGAGCUGCAGCGCCAGAACCUGUCCACGCUGCUCGCCGUCACCGCAGUCGGCAAGCCCAUAUGCACGCCACGCAUCAAGGAGAUAGCCCCGAAGAAGGUGCUGGAGAUCGCAUGCGGGAGCGCAUACUGGACGUCGCUGGCUCACGAGUAUCUCAGCGGACUCGGCUUCACCGACGUCGAGUUUACCGGCAUCGACAUCGUCCCUAUGGCUGCCGACUUGAACAAGCAGGGUGUCAAGUGGCGCUUUAUCCAGCAUGACCUGCGCAGGUUCCCCUUGCCCUUUGAGGAUGAAGAGUUCGAUAUCGUGGUCUGCAAGGAUCUCGGGCUCGUGAUCCCCACUGGUGUUCCCUCCCAAAAGGCGCUGGAGGAGUUUAUCCGGUGCGUCAGGAAGGGCGGUGCCUUGGAGUGCUGGGACGUCGACUCUGUCAUUCGCUCCCUUCUACCCCAUCCUCCCCCGCCACUGCGCCACAAUCAGGGGGAUGAAGAUCAGUGCGCGAAGACUGCGACGUUCUUGAUUUCGCCUUCGACGCCAUUCGCCAGCUGCCAAAACAAGUACCUACAAGACGCGAGCGACUGGAUACAGGAUGCUGUCGAAAAGCGGCAGCUGUACACGAUGCCGUGCUCGCGUAUUCUGCAGUUGCUCCUGCAGGAAACUGAGACUCUAAAGGACGUCGACUAUCGCCGAGUGGCCAUUCCCCUGGGGGAGAUGCGCUGGGAAAGAGAAAUGAGUGGUGAGAAGAGGCCGCUGAAGCGCAGGGACAGCGAGCUGGCAGCGAAAUUGAAAUCGGGCGAGGAUUCCAUUCUGACCGAGGAGCAAGCUGCUCUGAGAAGCACUGCGCUCACCGUCGUCAUUCAGUUCAUUGAAAGCUUGGAGCCAUUGUUGAAGGAAGUCAGUGGAAAGAACCAAGAGGAAUGGCAGAGAUGGUGGGGCUGGAUGAUGGACGAUCUUCUUCAGCAGAAAGGUGCAUCGAGCGGAGAGUGCCUGGAACUCGGUGCUUGGUGGGCUGAGAAGAUCUGA